UUUGUUGCCAACCGCCAAUAAAAUCAUGAAGAAGAAGAAGAACGCCCCUCCUCUGACGUUGUGACGUCACCGUGAGUCACAUGACGGGUCAUCUGCGUCUCGGCUUGUUCUCAAACACAUUCAGCAAUCAUGCCAACCACGCAGCAGUCAGCUCAGGAUGAGCAGGAGAAGCUUCUGGAUGAAGCUGUUCAGGCCGUCAAGGUUCAGUCAUUCCAGAUGAAGCGCUGCUUGGACAAGAAUAAACUGAUGGAUGCCUUGAAGCAUGCCUCCAACAUGCUUGGUGAACUGAGGACAUCCAUGCUCUCUCCAAAGAGCUACUAUGAGUUAUACAUGGCCAUCUCUGAUGAACUGCACUAUCUUGAGGUUUACUUGACCGAUGAGUUUGCCAAGGGACGCAAGGUGGCAGAUCUUUAUGAGCUGGUCCAGUAUGCUGGGAACAUCAUACCUAGGCUCUAUCUGCUUAUCACAGUGGGUGUGGUUUACGUUCGCUCCUUUCCUCAGUCUCGCAAAGACAUUCUGAAAGAUUUGGUGGAGAUGUGUCGUGGUGUCCAGCACCCACUCAGGGGUUUGUUCCUCAGAAAUUACCUGCUGCAGUGUACCCGUAACAUUCUACCAGAUGACGGAGAACAACUGGAGGGGUCAGAGGAGAUGACUGGAGAUAUUAAUGACUCCAUUGACUUCGUCCUUCUGAACUUUGCUGAAAUGAACAAACUGUGGGUUCGUAUGCAGCAUCAAGGUCACAGCAGAGACAGAGAGAAGAGAGAAAAAGAACGACAGGAACUUCGGAUUCUGGUUGGCACCAAUCUAGUUCGCCUCAGUCAGCUGGAGGGUGUCAAUGUGGACAAGUACAAACAGAUUGUCCUUCCCGGAGUGCUGGAGCAGGUGGUGAACUGUAGAGACUCACUGGCUCAAGAAUACCUCAUGGAGUGCAUUAUUCAGGUGUUCCCAGAUGAGUUUCAUCUUCAGACGCUGAAUCCCUUUUUGCGUUCCUGUGCUGAGUUACAUCAACACGUCAAUGUCAAGAACAUCAUCAUUGCACUAAUUGACAGACUUGCUCUAUUUGCUCAUCGAGAAGAUGGUCCAGGCAUUCCAGCUGAGAUCAAACUGUUUGACAUUUUCUCGCAGCAAGUGGCCACUGUUAUUCAAUCACGCCAGGACAUGCCAUCAGAGGACAUAGUGUCUUUACAAGUCUCUCUCAUCAAUUUGGCUAUGAAGUGCUACCCUGAGCGUGUCGACUAUGUGGACAAGGUUCUGGAAAGCACCGUAGAAAUAUUUAACAAGCUCAAUUUGGAACACAUAGCGACCAGUAGUGCUGUGUCCAAAGAGCUUACCCGUCUUUUGAAGAUCCCAGUGGAUACCUACAACAAUGUGCUGAUGGUGUUGCAGCUCAAGCACUUCCCACCACUCUUUGAAUACUUUGACUUUGAAUCCCGCAAGAGCAUGAGUUGUUAUGUACUGAGCAACACGCUGGAGUCCAACACCAUCAUUGUUUCACAGGAACAGGUGGACGUGAUCCUAAGUUUGGUGUCGACGCUGAUACAAGACCAGCCAGACCAGCCUGCUGACGAUCCUGACCCAGAGGAUUUUGCUGAGGAGCAGAGCCUUGUUGGUCGUUUCAUUCAUCUGUUCCACUCUGAAGAUCCAGAUCAGCAGUAUCUUAUUCUUAACACCGCCCGGAAACAUUUUGGUGCUGGAGGAAACCAGAGGAUCCGCUACACUCUGCCUCCUCUGGUGUUUGCUGCCUGCCAGCUGGCUUUUCGGUACAAAGCCAACUCAUCAGUGGAUGACAAGUGGGAAAAGAAGUGCCAGAAGAUCUUUUCCUUUGCCCACCAGACCAUCAGCGCACUCAUCAAGGCUGAGCUUUCCGAGUUGCCUCUGCGACUGUUCCUGCAGGGGGCGCUGGCAGCCGGCGAAAUUGGCUUUGAGAAUCAUGAAACGGUGGCAUAUGAGUUCAUGUCACAGGCCUUUUCUCUCUAUGAGGAUGAGAUUAGUGACUCCAAAGCCCAGCUGGCAGCCAUUACUCUCAUCAUUGGCACCUUUGAGCGAAUGAGAUGUUUCAGUGAGGAAAACCACGAGCCUCUGAGGACUCAGUGUGCACUGGCUGCGUCCAAACUUUUAAAGAAGCCCGAUCAGUGCAGAGCCGUCAGCAUAUGCGCCCAUCUCUUCUGGUCAGGUCGCAGCACCGACAAGAAUGGUGAAGAGAUUCGUGAUGGCAAGCGGGUGAUGGAGUGUUUAAAGAAAGCCCUGAAGAUUGCAAACCAGUGCAUGGAUUCAUCAUUGCAAGUCCAGCUUUUCAUUGAAAUCCUCAACAGAUACAUCUGCUUUUAUGAGAGGGAAAAUGAUGCGGUGACUCUCCAGGUAUUAAACCAGUUGAUCCAAAAGAUCAGGGAAGAUCUUCCUAACCUGGAGGCAAGUGAAGAAACGGAGCAGAUCAACAAACAUUUCAACAACACGCUGGAGCAUCUGCGUCUGCAGAGAGAGUCUCCUGAGUCUGAGGGACCUGCUUACGAGGGACUGGUCCUUUAAAAGCAGUUUGCCCUUCUGCACAUUUACAAGGCUUCCAGACAUGCAUUGCUAUAUCGUGACAUGCGUCUGCACACAACCAUACAUCACUGAGAAGCUUCAGGAGGGCCAGAGAUGAGCAGAAAUGUAGAGUGUUAACUCACCCAGCCCUUCAUGUUGUUGUGUAUCCCUUUGCUUUAUUUACUCAUGAUUGUUUCUCAUAUACAUUUUUGUGCAGCUGGUGAGAUCAUGUGUCAGUACUGCUAACACCAAUAUUCCUCCUAGCUUAUACUCUACCUGCAUCUUCUUGUUGGUGAUGGACACAUCAAGCCUUACACGUUUAAUGCCUGUUGCUGGGGAAAAUAAAUCAGCUACAGAACUGAACAACAGUCUUCUAAUAUGUACAAUUUCACAGCUUUUUGGUCAUGUAACAUGUCUGUAGCUCAAAGUGUUCUAGCAAACUGUAACACAAAUCACAUUAAAUAUUCUGGCUCCAAGGAAAUGAUUCCAACAUGUUUUCAAUUAAAAUGGAGUCAAGUGUUUGACCAAUGAGCUAAUAAAUAAGAAACAUUGCAUGAUUAUUGGUUGUAAUAAAUAAUGGGUGGAAAAAGUCCAAUUUCUCUGUGGCAAA